CGGGCCAGACCCGGCCCCAUAAGUUAUUGGGCCGGAUCCCCAGGGCCUCCGUCGGGACCCGGUUAUAUAUAACGUCGCCAGCUGACCAAGGUCCUCGCACUCUCUCUCUCUCUCCCCGUCCUCCGAGGCUCCGACGGUGAACCGGUGCCGACGUCUCUGCCUGGCGGAUAAGGCGCUUCCGGUUACUGCGUCAACCGCUACUACCUCCAUUGCCGGCUGCGGGUGAUUCGUGAAAGUCAUCGUCAUCAUCAGUCAAUCAAUUUCUUGCCGCCAUGUUCAGAGGGUUAUGGGGAACACAGGACCAGCAGGAUGUCCAAACCCCACAUUGGUAUCAGCCUGCUGCAGGUUAUCCACCAAGCCCUAGCAUACCUUCUACUCCAAAUUCCACUUCUUCUAUGUCAACUGUGCAGCAAAGAGCUCCAGAUCAUUCCCCAUUACCCUCAUAUGGACAAGUAUCGCCUGCUGAGGCUGCAGGUAUAAUUGGGCUGCUAAAGGAUAAGAGCAUUGAUGAACUGCGAAAGAUUUUGAGCGAUAAGGAGGCAUACAAUGCAGUUCUAAAUUCUAUUGAGCAAGUGAAGAUUCAAAAUAAUUUGCGAGAUGAGCUCCGGAAAGAAACUAUUCAGCUAGCAAGGGAAAACCUGGAGAAGGAGCCUCGCAUAUUGGAACUAAGGAACCAGUGUCAAAUAAUUAGAACCACAGAAUUAGCAGCUGCACAAGAGAAGCUGAAUGAUCUUGAGAAGGAGAAGGAAGAAACCCGGAGGCUCUAUGCACCAGACACACUUAUCCGGAAGCUGCAAGAUGCAAUGGCGAGCGCAGACGAAGGAUCGGAGAAGCUCCACGAGCAGUUUCUCUCUGGAGACAUUGACUUGCAGACGUUCUUAAGCAAGUACAAGAAGCAGCGACUGAUCUAUCACCGGCGAUCUCUUCUCCAUCUUGCUGCUAAGACUUCCUUGUGAUUGGCGGUGUCUAAAGUACCUUGUUCUGUUGUAUAUGGAUUUGUUUGUUGGAUUUGCACAUUCUAUUUUUCCUCCUUUGUUCAAGUGAUUUGUUACUAAUCAAGCUGCCCUUCCAUUCCCUGAGGUGACCACAUUGUACGUCCUCAACAAGAACAAUGUUUUCAUAGCCAUAAGUUUGAGGUUGAAAACUUUCAGGUCAAAGAAUCUAAAAAGUUUGUUCUCCGA